AAGGGCUUUAGCCAAAAGUGUAGCCUUAGUACCCAUCAAAGGAUCCACACAGGGGAGAAGCCAUAUAAAUGCAUGGAAUGUGGAAAGGACUUCAGAUCAAGCAGUAAUCUUACCUCCCAUCAAAGGAUGCACAGAGGGGAGAAGCCAUACAAAUGCAUGGAGUGUGGAAAGGACUUCAGAACAAACAGUAAUCUUACAAGGCAUCAAAGAAUGCACAGAGGGGAGAAGCCAUAUAAAUGCAUGGAAUGUGGAAAGACUUUCAGAGCAAGCAGUCAUCUUACAUCCCAUCAAAUGAUCCAUACAGGGGAAAAGCCAUAUAAAUGCAUGGAGUGUGGAAAGACCUUCAGAUCAAGCAGUGAUCUUACAUCCCAUCAAAGGAUCCACACAGGGGAGAAGCCCUAUAAAUGCAUGGAGUGUGGAAAGGACUUCAGAACAAGCAAAGAUCUUACAUGCCAUCAAAGGAUCCACACAGGGGAGAAGCCACAUAAAUGCCUGGAGUGUGGAAAGAGCUUCAGAAGAAACAAUAAACUUACAUCCCAUCAAAGGAUCCACACAGGGGAGAAGCCAUAUAAAUGCAUGGAGUGUGGAAAGAGAUUCCGAACAAGCACUCAACUUACAUCCCAUCAAAGGAUCCAUACAGGGGAGAAGCCAUAUAAAUGCUUGGAGUGUGGAAAGGACUUCAGAACAAACAAAGAUCUUACUUGCCAUCAAAGUAUCCACAAAGGGGAGAAGCCACAUAAAUGCCUGGAGUGUGGAAAGAGCUUCAGAACAAACAGUAAACUUACAUCCCAUCAAAGGAUCCACACCGGGGAGAAACCAUAUAAAUGCAUGGUGUGAAAGAGAUUCCGAACAAGCAGUCAACUUACAUCCCAUCAAAAAAUCCACACAGGGGAGAAGCCAUAUAAAUGCAUGGAAUGUGGAAAGGGCUUCAGCACACCCCAUAGUCUCAUUUCCCAUAACACAAUUCAUAGACUGCAGAAUUCCUAAACAAUGAUUAAUUUAGAUGGGAAUGUAUGCUAAUUAUUGAUUUAAUGGAUUGUAUGUAUGGAUUUACAAUUUACAGACUGAAAUCUGGAAAGGGUUUUUGCUGUGCUUCAACUUUCUGACAGCCAUAGCGAGAUGAAUUUAGUAAUGAAAAAGAAACAAUGGGCACUUGUCAUUAUAAUUAUGAUUUAUACUUUUUUUAAAUGUAUGUGUAUAUACAAUAUAUAGGAGUUUCAGACUCUUGAGCCAGUCGUGUCACAUGUGGGACACACCUACCCCAGCCCCUGCAAAUAGGGAAACUGUUGCAAUGCAUCAUGUACAGCACCAGAAAACCAAAAACAAUCUUGCCGCUGCACUGGCUGCCAAAAUGACCAGAUCUUGUUUGGCCAUGAAGACUGAACUGGGUUUAAACUCCAUGUGCAGCUUUGGUCACCUAGAUAUCUCUCUACACCAGGGGUGUCAAACUCUAUUUCAUUGAGGGCCGCAUCAGGGUUGUGUUUGACCACAGGGGGCCGGGAUGGGUGUGGCCAGCUGGAUGUCACUUGUGUCGAUUGCCUGUCCUGGC